UUUCGGCGCAUGCGUUGGCCACGCUGGGCCCUGCGCCUGGGCGAGGCGGGGGCUGGAGCGCCGUUGGGGCGCGGCGGGUGUUGAGAAAGAGCUGCGCCCGCGGUGGGGGCGGGGCUCGGGCCCGGGUCGGGGCCUCAGGUCCCAGCCCGCAAGAGGUGCCUCCGCGGGUGGAUCGCUGCGCGACCUUUGUUCGCACACUUGCGCCUGGGGGUUCUGAGGCUGCGGUAGUGUAGGCGGCUCCUGUUCGGAGGCCGCCGCACGCUCAGUGAUUAAUGCAGGGAGUCCUCACCGUUCUGCUCUAACAGAUUAGGAAACGGAGACUCAAGACAGGCCCGCGAGCGCCUCGGCCCGCGCAGCCCGCGGGAGACGGCGCUAGGAGGCACAUCCACAGCUGUCUCCUCUCUAAAAAAAGAUUCUACCUAAACCCGGCGACCUGGCCCACCCAGCACUGAGCCAGGGGGCAUCGCCGUCAAGUAUAACGUGGAAUCCGGUUUGUCGUGGGGCACUUGUAUUUCCGGGAUUCUUCGUGUUUCUUCAGCCUUUUUGGGUCACGCUUCAUAAUGCUCCACCUUUGUAGUUCCCUACAUGUUUCCUAGUUCCACAGAAAAUGCAUAGAUCUCAGAGGUUCUCAAAUAUUACUUCAACAGCAAAAGCUGAUCUCCAAUCCUGUAAAGAACAUGGCAGCCAUCUGAGAAAGUCCUGCAGUUGGAGAGGAUGAGAAGUCCCAUGAUCUGCCGUCUGCAAGCAGGUAUAAUUCAGUCUGUGUCAGAAGGCCUGAGAACCAGGGGAGCCAAUGGCUGAAGGCCUGAGAAGGGAGGGGUGGUGUGUUGGAGGAUGUCCCAGAAUCUGAAGGCCUGAGAACCAGAAGCUCCGAUGUCUGAGGACUAGAGAAGAUGGAUGUCUCAGCUCAAGAAGAAAGAGAGAGAGAAUUCAUCCUUCCUCCACAUUUUUGUUCAACUGGCCUCUCAGUGGAUUGGAUGAUGUCUGUCCCUAUUGGUAAAGAUUGGCUUAUUCAGAAUUCUUUGCCCUUGCCUGGGAGAACAGUUCAUGAGACAGAUGGCCCCAAGACUACCAAGACCCCAAAUCGAGGGAUCACUGACAUUUGGGGAUGUAGCCGUGGCCCUUACUCAGUUUGAAUGGAAACACUUGGAUGCCACUCAGCAAGCCCUGUACAGGGAUGUGAUGCUGGAAAACUAUGGGAAUCUGGUGUCUGUGGGACUUCUCUCUUCCAAACCCAAACUAAUCACCCAGUUGGAGCAAGGGGCAGAGCCAUGGAUGCAAGUACAACAGAUUCCAUCAGAUACUUGUUCUGUCCAGGAGUACUGGUUUGAAACAAAGAUGUCCCCCCUAAAGCAACAUACUUCUGAAGGAUCUGAUCUGGGAGAGCAAACAAAAAGUGACGUGAUGGAAAGAGGCCUGGACUGGGAGGGCAGAAGUUCCACAGAGAAGACACAUUAUAAAUGUGAGGAAUGUGGGAAAGUCUUCAAAUAUAAUUCCUCCUUUAUUAGCCACCAGAGAAAUCAUACUGGUGAGAAACCCCAUAAAUGUAAUGAAUGUGGCAUAGCCUUUAUGAGCAGUUCAUCUCUUUUAAAUCAUCUUAAAAUUCACACAGGGAAGCAGCCUUAUAGAUGUAUUGAAUGUGGGAAAUUCCUUAAGAAGCACUCAACAUUUGUUAAUCAUCAGAAAAUUCAUUCUAGAGAGAAACCUCAUAAAUGUAAUGAAUGUGGAAAAGCUUUUGGAAAGAACUCUAUCCUUUUACGUCAUCAGAGAAUUCAUACUGGUCAGAAACCCUACAAAUGUAAUGACUGUGGGAAAGCCUUUGCUCAGAGAGCCCUUACUCGUCAUGAGAGAAUACAUAGCGGAGAGAAGCCUUUUAAAUGUAAUGUAUGUGGGAAAACUUUUAGGGAUAACUCAACUGUGUUGGAACAUUUGAAAAUCCAUACUGGUGAAAAACCAUAUUGGUGUAAUGAAUGUGGAAAAACCUUUAGGAAGAGCUCAACUCUUGUUAGUCAUCAAAGAAUGCAUACAGGAGAGAAACCCUAUCACUGCAGUAAAUGUGGAAAAUCUUUUAGGUAUAGCUCAUCCUUUGCUGGACAUCAGAAAACUCAUAGUGGAAAUAAACCCUAUCAAUGUAAUGACUGUAGGAAAGUCUUUACAGAGAGCUCAACCCUUAUUGGACAUCAGAGAAUUCAUACUGGAGGAAAGCCCUAUUACUGUAAGAAAUGUGGGAAAUCCUUCAGGCAUAGCUCUGGCCUUGUUGAACAUCAGAGAAUCCAUACUGGAGAAAAACCUUAUGAAUGUAAUGUAUGUGGGAAGGCUUUUCCCCAGAGUUCAGCCCUUAAACAACAUAAGAAAAUGCAUAAUGAAGAAAGAGCCAUCAAAUGUAGUUAGUGUGGUUGAUCAUGCAGAAGUAGUUUAUUCUUUUUGACCAUCAAAGAGGAGACACUCAACAAAUCACACGUUUAAGAAAAGUAGUCUGUGUGCCUCUAUCCUGGAGAACUUCUCACUUGUAAGGAUGUUCACUGUAGUAUGGUUUGUACUAGUGAAAUAUUUGAAGAACCUAAAUGUCUAUCAAUAUGGAAAUAGUUACUAUAGAACACUCUAUAGGAAGUAAAAAGAAUGAGGUAGAACUCUAUAUGGAGCCAUAGAAAUAUCCCCAUGAUACCUUGUUCAAGUUAAAAAAGCAAGUAGCAGAAAAUCUACAUAUUGUGGUCUAAUUUAUAUUUUAAAAAAUGAAGCUAUUUUUAUUUGUACAUAUAUGUCCUGUGUAUUCAAAAAGGGCUGGUAAAAUAAAGUCCAAAAGUUGUUAUCUUUGAGAAGAAUGUUUUUAUUGGUAUGAUGAAGUGAAAUUUUGACUUUGGCUUUGUUUUUUGAAAUAUUUAAUCACGUAUAUA